CGUCCGUUUGUCCGGACCAGAGGGGAGAGUGGGCGCCAUCUUUUUCUAGGCUCACUGAGGGGUCUGCCUGUUUGGGGGAGGCUGCUGCGACGAGGAGUGCACCCCGCCCCCAGCCUUGUGGUUCCGACUCGGCAGCAGCGGUCUGGCUACAGCAUCGGAUACCACGUAGCAACUUUGGCCUGGUGCGAAAGAAGGAAGCUCUGACCCCUGGGAGUAUGGACAAAGGCUUUGGGCUAUAGAAGCAAUGCCUUCGGAUGAUCCGUUUGAGGAUGAUGGAUGUUAUGGGAAUUCCUGUGCCGUGUGGAUUCAUCUUCAUUUACGGUUCCUACUGGGGACUUGGCUCUGUGUCGUCAUGCCUUUAGUGUUUUAUUUUAACCAUCUACAUUUUAAAAGGAUAAAAGGCAGAUCGUCAUAAAGAAUCAUUGUGGACUGGGGUAGAUUAUUUUCUGCAGGGGAAACUCUUGGGUUUGUGCUUCAAAUGUGCUUCAUCGUAACUUUAGGUUUUAAGAAAUAGUGGCAGUGUUCUCUCUCUCACCAUGUCUGGAAAAUGACUUGCUAUUCUCUAGUUAAAAUAAAUGGAUCUGAAAUAAUACCAUUUAAAUUUAGCCUUCCUCCCUUUUCCCUUUCAGUCUUGAUGAGAAGAUGCACAUAUCGUGGGGUUUUUUUGUGAUAACGAUGAUUAAGUGGGAUGAAUCGUUGGAUAAAAUUAGCAAAAUUAUUUAAAAUGAGCUUGUUAAUUUCAGCGACUUGCCCUUAAAUGAGCUCUUAAGGACCCACUUCCUUCUUUUCAUAGGUUAGAAGUUCUAACAGAUCACUGUCUUUAAACCAACACAGCCACAAAAAUACUUUUGUUGCAUUCAUAAGUAGAAAAAUUUUAAGUGUAGAGUAUUUUAGGGUAUUUUUGUGUUUUACUUUUUUGUGUAAUGUUCUAAGAAUAGAAUUUCUGGGGAAUUUGCUUAAGGAAAUAACAUGGGAACCACAGGAAAGAUGCUCAUUUUCAGAGCUGGUUUCUUAUAGGUGGUCUCCUAGAUGUGUUUUUUAGAGGGAUAAAUGAUACAUUACCUUUGUAUCUCAAGGGCAGAAAAGUUUAAGCAAUAGUUACAUUUGUGGCAAAUUAGAAGAAACAUUUUAUAUAUUCUACUUGAAUUGCAAUUCACGAAUUUGUACUUGUGGAACUACUUAGAAUAUUGUUUACAAAUUAGGGAGGAUAAAUUAUAAGACAUUUUUUGUAUUUGGCAUUAUUCCGUGAAAUGUUCUCAGCUUUUUCUGUAGAUAUAUUUCUGUUCCCUUUUGAAUUUUUAAAAAAGUUUAGUAGGGACAAAAUGAUGUUUAUUACACUGCUUUCUAAAAUAUUUUAAAAGCAAAAAAGGAGAUAAGUCAUUUUGCAUAGGAAGGAGUCUUGGAACAGUAAUGUGGACAACUAUUCCAGAAGCCAUUUGUAGUUUUGUUAAAUUGGUGUGGAUGUUGGUUUGUUGAAGAAACUAAGCUUAUACACAUUUUUUGGCGGGGGAGGUGGGGGUGGGGUUGGGGAGACAGUGCAGAUAUUUUCUAAUAGACUAUUUUUUAGAACGGUUUUUUAGUUUCACAGUAAUAUUCAGUGGAAGGUACAAAGAUUUCCCAUAUGUCCUCUGCCCUUCCCCCCACAUACCAUGCAUAUAUUUUAUAGUAAAACUCAUUAAUAUUUUUAAUAUCAGUUUGGCAUUGAUAAUUCAGAUGUGUAAAAUGUGCCAGUUAAUUUCUUGCUAUCCUUGUUAGUUUAGCUUGUAGUUUAAAAAGUAAUCUAUGGACAUUUUUCAAAGGAAAAUAAGCCUUGCAGACCUCAAAGAACAUGUUUUCAGACACCACUUUUGUGGAUGAGUGGUACUUAGGUGUAAGUACUGAAUUAAAACAACCUUUAUUUGCACACUAAAAACAUAAACUUAUAAUCAUUAAUUUAAUAGGUGUUAAAAACUUACUUGGUUAAGACUACUUUGUUUGGGUACCUCUGAAAGUAUUAGAUGUAAUUUCCUUAAGCAAUAUUAAAUUGAGAUUUUUCAGUUGUUAAUACUCAUAUCCCCAAACAUUCCAAAUUAAUAUAUUCUUACUAUAUUUUUACCUUUCUACAUUGUCAUUUGGGUUUCUUCGAUAGAAUGCAGGAUAGUUGUUUGAAAUGGAAUAAACUUAUUAGCAUAAUAAGAUUCUGUGUUUAUCUGAACAUUUUCUUUCUGGCUUAAGAUGAAUAUUAAUAGUAGUUUUUUAGGAGUUUAAGAUAAGGAGUAGCAAUAGUUGAGUAUAAGAGUAGUAGUAAUUGAGACUUUAGAUUUUAGGGAUAUUUUAUUAUUUGUCUUAAUUAUAGUGGAAUCAGGAAAUUUGGUUCCAUGUUUAGAAAUGUGAGGUGUAUAUGUAGAACGUAAAAUUGUGUCCAAAUGGUAGCCGUUGGUUUUAGAUUUAUUGCUUUAAAAAUUGGUUUUUGAAUUUGAAACAUUAGUGUUCAUUGUAUCAUUUAUUAAUUUGAUUUGGUCUUAUGUUUUGAAAGGGAGGAGAUUUGCAGGGGAGUUGGACAUAAUGAAUUAGAUGUUGGUCUUUUCAUGGGUGGAAGUGAAUAGAAGGUGUUUUAGGAAUUUUGGGUGUUAAAUUGUCAUUUUACUUGUAGAACAGUUUUAUUUUUUUUUUAAAGUGGAUAUAAAAUUCAUAUACAGUGAAAUGCACAGACCUUAAGGAUAGAAUUCAUUUAGCCUUGAUAAAUUUAUACAACCAUAUAACCAACACUGCAAUCAAAAUAUAUAACAUGUCCAUCACCUUUCCUUGUGUCACUUCCAAUCAAGGACCGAUUGUUAAAUUUUCAGGUUUUUUGUUUCUAAAUAAUUUGCCGAUGUCUACUUGGAAUCUGUACCUUCUUUUUGCUGAAGGAUGAUUAAUUUCCCCUCGGAACAAAGAUAACCAUUUUGUAAUGCCCUUAGUUGUGCUUCCUUAUAUUGCUUCACUUUUAAUAGGUAAUUCUGAAGUGAAUAUCCUAAUCUGGCAUUGUUUAAGAUCAAUUGCAGGGUCCAAGGAUUAAUUAUAUUUCAUUUUCUUUCCACAGUUAAGUUGCUUUUACAGAAUUAACAGGUCUCCAAGAAAUAAAAAAAGGUAAGAUAUCCAGAGCUUAAGGCAUUUCACAGAAGCUUGACAAAAAAAAAUGCAAAGUAGAAUAGUGCAUUAGGUACAUAUGGCUUCUGUACUUUAUGUCUGGUCAGUGAUGCACUAGUGGUAAGCAGUUUAUUAUCAUGAGCAGCAAUUAUAUACUGACCAUAGAUGUCUUUUCUAAGUAUGUAAAAUUCGUUGUGGUUGGUAAAAUUCUUUAAUCACCAAAGCUCUCUCCCAUGUUUCAGUAGAAGAUAUGUCUGAAAAUAGUUUGGUCUUGUUGUGAAGUAGCACUUGGCAGACUUACAAAGAAGAUGUGAUAUUUUUGAUGCUCAUACUGUAUAGGAUAGGUGAUAGGAAAUGUUUCUUCAAAGUAUCUGGUUUAUUGUAUGUUUAGUUGGGAGAAAGUUUAUUCCUUUUUUUUUUUUUAAGAAUUAGACACAGUCAAUAUCUUUGUGAACUCAUGUCUUAUUUUCAUUUAUAAAUGCUGAAGAAGGUAGGAACCAAGUAACUAUUAAGCUUAGUUUGGGAUAAGGUACUUCAAAAAUAAGACUUGCUAUUAUGUGUACCUUUCUGUCUGCAGGUCAUUAUUGCUGUGGUUUGAGCUCAGCAUGGCUGUAGUCAUCCGUUUACUGGGGCUUCCUUUUAUUGCGGGGCCUGUGGAUAUUCGUCACUUCUUCACGGGAUUGACUAUUCCUGAUGGAGGAGUGCAUAUAAUUGGAGGGGAAGUUGGGGAGGCUUUUAUUAUUUUUGCAACAGAUGAAGAUGCAAGACGUGCCAUAAGUCGUUCAGGAGGGUUUAUCAAGGAUUCAUCUGUAGAGCUUUUUCUUAGUAGUAAGGCAGAAAUGCAGAAGACUAUAGAAAUGAAAAGAACUGAUCGCAUGGGAAGAGAGAGACCAGGAUCUGGGGCACCAGGGGUUGGCAGCUUAUCUAAUUUUGUUGAGGCUAUUAAAGAAGAAGCAAGUAAUUCUGGAUAUGGCUCUCCGAUUAAUCAAGAUGCUGGGUUUCAUACUAAUGGUACAGGACAAGGUGAUUUAAGGCCAAGAAAGACACGGCCAUUGAAGGCAGAGAAUCCUUACUUGUUUCUGCGAGGCUUGCCUUACUUAGUAAAUGAAGAUGAUGUACGUGUCUUUUUCUCUGGUUUGUGUGUGGAUGGAGUAAUUUUCUUAAAGCAUCAUGAUGGCCGAAAUAAUGGUGAUGCCAUAGUAAAAUUUGCUUCAUGUAUCGAUGCUUCAGGAGGUCUUAAAUGUCAUAGAAGUUUUAUGGGCUCAAGAUUUAUUGAAGUAAUGCAAGGCUCGGAACAACAGUGGAUUGAGUUUGGAGGUAAUGCAGUUAAGGAGGGUGACAUUUCUAUGAGGACUGAAGAACAUUCUCCACCAAGAGGAAUUAAUGAUAGACAUUUUUGGAAACGAUCUCAUUCAAAAUCUCCCAGAAGAACACGUUCUCGUUCUCCUCUUGGAUUUUAUGUUCACUUAAAAAACCUGUCCCUAAGUAUUAACAAAAGAGAUUUAAGAAAUUUCUUUAGAGAUACUGAUCUGACUAAUGAACAGAUUAGAUUUUUAUAUAAGGAUGAAAGAAGAACAAGAUAUGCCUUUGUGAUGUUCAAGACUCUGAAAGACUACAACACUGCUCUGGGUUUACAUAAGACUGUUUUACAGUAUCGUCCAGUUCAUAUUGAUCCAGUUUCUAGAAAACAGAUGCUGAAGUUCAUUGAAUGUUAUGAAAAGAAAAGACCAGCGUCAACAGAGAAAGAGAGGCUUGGACACGUUUCACAAAAAUACUCUCAAGAAGGCUAUUCUGGCCAGAAACUGUGCAUAUAUAUAAGAAAUUUUCCAUUUGAUGUUACAAAAGUUGAAGUGCAGAAGUUCUUUGCAGACUUUUCUCUUGCUGAGGAUGACAUUUACUUGCUUUAUGAUGACAAAGGAGUUGGUCUAGGAGAAGCAUUGGUGAAAUUCAGAUCAGAAGAACAGGCCGUGAAAGCUGAACGUUUAAACCGACGAAGAUUCUUGGGGACAGAGGUAUUGUUAAGGCUCAUAUCUGAGGUACAAAUGCGGGAGUUUGGUGUAAAUUUUUCUUCAAUGUCCAGUGAGAGGAUGCAUGACCAUUCACAGUCAUGUGAUAGAGAUGAUCAUUCCCAUUCAUUUGACUCAAAUGAUCUACCAUUAUACUCGGUUGGCCCUUCUGAAAACUUUAGGCAUCAGCAAGAGGACUUGAGGCAACUGGACAAUUUCAAGCAUCCCCAGGGGGAUUUCCGACCUCCUGAAAGGCGCCCUCCAGAAGACUUUAGGCAUUCCCCAGAGGAUUUCAGGCACUCCCCUGAAGACUUCAGGUGCCUUCGGGAGGAACACUUCAGGCGGCCUCCUGAGGAGGACUUCAGGCGCCCUUGGGAAGAGGACUUCAGACACUCUCCGGAGGAGGAUUUCAGGCGCUCUCGGGAGGAGGACUGGAGGCGGCCACCUGAGGAGGAUUUCAGGCGGCCUCCCAAGGAAGACUUCAGGAGACCCCCUGAGGAGGACUGGAGGCGGCCCCCCCAGGGAGACUUCAGGAGGCCACCUGAGGAGGAUUGGAGACGGCCUCCUGAGGAGGACUUCAGACGGCUUCCCCCGGGGGAAUGGAGGCGACCACCUGAGGAAGACUUCCGGCGGCCCCCUGAGGAGGAUUUCAGGCGACUUCCAGAGGAAGACUUCCGGCGACCUCCUGAGGAGGACUUCAGGCGGCCCCAUGAGGAGGACUUCAGGCGGUCUCCUGAGGAGGAUUUCCGGCGUUCUCCUGAGAAGGACUUCCGGCGGCCACCUGCGGAACACUUCCGGCGGCCGCCCCCGGAGCACUUCCGGCGGCCACCUGCGGAGCACUUCCGGCGGCCGCCUCAGGAGCAUUUCCGGCGGCCGCCCCAGGAGCAUUUCAGACGGCCGCCCCAGGAGCAUUUCAGACGACCGCCUCAGGAACAUUUCAGGCGGCCAUCCCAGGAGCAUUUUAGGCGCCCCCGAGAGGAAGAUUUUAGGCACCCACUGGAUGAAGAUUUCAGGGGCCCUCCAGAUGAAGACUUUAGGCACCCUCCUGAUGAGGACUUCAGGAGUCCCCAGGAGGAAGAUUUUAGAAGCCCUUCUGAUGAGGACUUCAGGCGGCUCCCGGAGGAAGACCUCAGGGAAGCUCCGGAGGAGGACCCUAGACUUACUGACAGUUUUAGACUUCCUGGUGAGGAGUUUAGGAGCCCCCCUGAUGAUUUUAGAAGUCAUCGCCCUUUUGUGAAUUUUGGUCGCCCAGAAGGUGGCAAGUUUGAUUUUGGAAAGCGUAAUAUGGGAAGUUUUCCUGAGGGGAGAUUUAUGCCUGAUCCAAAAUUAAAUUGUAAUUCAGGUAGAGUAACACCCAUUAAGAUAAUGAAUCUUCCAUUUAAAGCUAAUGUUAAUGAAAUUCUAGACUUUUUCCAUGGUUACAGAAUCAUACCUGAUUCAGUUUCAAUACAGUAUAACGAGCAAGGAUUACCUACAGGGGAAGCCAUUGUUGCCAUGAUAAACUACAAUGAAGCUAUGGCUGCUAUUAAAGAUCUGAAUGAUAGGCCAGUUGGCCCCCGCAAAGUUAAGUUAAUUUUGCUCUAGAGAGCAUUUCUAAAUUCAGAAUUACCUCCCCACAGUAUUGAUGCAGUAAAAUGCAUUUUUUUAAGUGUUUAUUUUUAACUAAUGAAAAGAAACAUUUUAAUUUUGACCUGUGAAUAGAACAAAUGUAAAUAGUAGAAUGUGAAUCUGGUUUUCUUUUGCUUGCAAAUUGUCAUUCACUUUUUCUAACUUAAAAAUAUAUAUGCCUUUUUGUUUUUUUUGUUUUUUUGACCAGUGGGGGAGAGAACUAAUUCCCUCAGUGCAUUAAUUUUUGUUGAUGUCAUGGGUAAACGUCAAGACUUGUAUAGUAGAACUGUAUUUGGGGAAGAUAAGUUUUAUAUUCACUUUUGUUUCCAUUCUGUAGUCUACAUCUUUUUACUCAAACUGUAUAAGGAAAUGGUCAGUGACUGAUUGUUCAGGGUUAGCAUUUUCAUUGCUAACUGCCUGCAGAAUUAAUGCCCUCUUCCUUGUCUGAGAUAUUACUGUGUUAAGCCUCCCCUUAAUCAUAAAUAGUUCAAAAUUGACAGACUGUGAACUUGAAGUUUACUUAUGUAAAAAGCUUAGGAAAUUCUUAAAACUUCGAUGCUCAUAACUUGCAAAAUUUUAUAAAAAUAAAAAAAUUGCAACUGAAUAGACCAAUUAACUUGUAUUUGUAUAAAGAGAAAAAAGAAUUAUAGCUUCUUUUGUGAAGGUUUCCAACAGCUGUAUAAGGUAAUAUUUAUGACAGGAGAGACCAAACAUUCUGUAAUAAUAGUGUAUUAGUGCUGUGUAUAGUUCUGUGGUUUCUUCCAACAUCUCACCAACCAAACUGAUAAGAUUUACUCAAAAUACUUAAAGACAAAAAAAUAAAAAGUAAUUAUAGGUACAAGGGGACUUUCAGGCUUUUGCUGGGAAGAAUCUGAUAAAUGGACAUAGUUUGUGUUUCUAGGAAGAAUUUACUGAUGAUUCAUAUAACUUGUAUUUUUAAAAUUAGGUUCUCAUUUCUUAAUUUCAAAACUUUUUAUCCAAAGACUCAAUGACUAAAUAUAACAAGACUUUUGUGAGACUGAAUUUUGACUUUUUUGAUAUUUGACGUUUAGUGUAGACAUUUUGCAAAUACUGGAUUUGAUUUUCUAUACCAUCAUAAUGUUAAUGCUAACAUUGGGCACUUACUGUGUGCUAGGCAGUAUAAGUACUUUACAUGCAUAAUGUCAAUCUUAAUUAUUCCCUAAGAAGCUUAAGAGUAUUUAGCUCUAUCUCACAAAUGAGAUAAUGAAAUUCAGAGAGUUUAAGUUAUUUGCCUAAAGUCAUAGCUAGUAAAUCAUGGAGCCAGUUUCCACCCAGACAGACUACACACUCCAGUUCAUGUUCUUAAUACUUUUGCCUGCUAACUUUGUUAAAUGCUGUUUUUAAUUUUAGUAAGAAAGACCAUGCUAAAAAUAUUUUCAAGAGUAAAGGAUAUUUUCUUACCUCCAUUGUUGCUUUAAAAAUAGCAUUAAGAAAAGAUAAAAUUAGUAUGCCCAAACAUUGUUAAUAAAAGACAAAGUAACUAAAACAUAUAUCCAGGGUUUCUCUGGGAGACAAAUAUUAUGUAUUGGCUUCUAAUUUAAAAUUGUUCAUCUUAUGAAACAUGAUUUGACUUUGGUUGGCCUUUUAUAGUUUACAUAAAACAAAGUUAAUUUUCCUCAGUUCUGUGAUUUAGAUAUUUCCCACAGUGAGCAAAUAAGAAUAAAGUUUGAAUUUAUAUCAGUAGUUUAGUCAUUUAAUAAUAGGGUAUGGCAGAAGUAGAAUACUUUGUCAGUAUUUAGCCAGAUAGUGCUAUAAGUAUUUUGGAUUAAUCUUUAGUGUUUUAAAGAAGUCUAAGAAAAACCAACCGAAGUUUCUGUGUGUUUUUAAUUAUGUUGAAUGUCGUUCUUGCUAGUGGAAUGAAUAAAAUGGUAAAUUUGGUUCAAAAAAGCACAUCAGUAUGGCUCUUGAAACUAGUAAGCUUACAAGCAGCUAGGAAAAUGACAAUAGGAAGAAAUGAUAUUUUUAACUGCUCAGAGGUUAUAUAGAUGAUUUAUUUGAGGAGUAUAUGGGAAGACUUAAAAAUGCUUCUUAAAUAUGUAUCAAUAAAAGCUAAGAUGAAGCUUAAAGUGCAGUUAUCACUUAAUAUUGAACUGCUUCUCAAUCUAGGCUGGGAUGGUGGUGGUAGAUAAGAGGCUAUCACAAUAGUAAACACAGGCUUUGUAUUUUGAUUGUAAAAUUAAUGGAUUGAUAUGAAUAGUUAAUUUUACUCCAUAAUCUUUAAUAUAUUUUUUAACUUUAAAAAGUUUAUUACAGAAAGCUGGCUUCUACUGCUUGGGAGCCAUUUUUGCAUAUCUGUUCCCAACUCUGCCUUCAGUGACAUGUUGAUAACUUAAACUGGCCAUGGUAGGAGUAUUUACACCAUGGAAAUUGGUAAGUGCAGAAAAUCAGGGCAUUUUCCACCCCAGAGAGCCAAUAACCAGCACACCACCAAUUUCAAACAGAUAAAAGAGAAUAGUGUACUAAAUCUUCAUAUACCCAUCGCCCAGCUUCAAUAAUUAUCUCAUAGCCAGGUUUGUUUCCUCUCCUAGAUGUAUCAGGUAUACUAGUGGCAUAUUGGUUCUCUAGUUUAAUACCCAGUGGCACUUUAAUUAUCUUAAAGCCAAACAUUUUUGACUCGAGGUGUUCUGAAAAAUAUAGAUCAUGCCUAGAAAGUAAACUUAAUCCCAACCAAGAGACAGGUAAGAAUCAUUGUGUUAGAAGCACACACUUACCACUUACUGAAAACACUGUCAAGAGCAUUGGCUCUUGGUCCAUAUAUCACCUAAUAAGCAGUGACCCUAUCAAUCACCUCCAUCUUUGUAUUAAAUGUAAGCUAAUAUUUACUGAGCUAUAAUAGAUACUGUGUAUUUAUGAUCUUUAAUUACAUGUGAAUUAACUAUAUCAUUUAGUUCCAAUAACCCUAAUAAACCUAUUUUGGAGAUAAGAAAUGGAAGCCUAUAGCCUGUCUUUUUAUAAGGAAGCUAAAAGAGGUUUUUACAUUUUUAAGUAGGGUUACAUAAGUACCUAUGUAAUGGCAUUGAUUUUGUCUCUCAGCUCACAAAUUGUAAAAAUAUUUACUGUGUAACCCUUUAAGGAGUUUGCCAACCUACGUCUGGUCUAAAAUUUAAUUUUACAUCGAAAGUAUUCUGUAUAAUAUUUCUUUUGUCCUUAGAAUAUUUUUUUGAAGUAGCCAAAGCAUACGUUUUAUAUCAGAAUUAUUUGCUGAUUGCUUUAUAUAUCAGGCACUAUUUUAACUUUACAAAUAGGGCAACUGAUGCUCAAGAGAAGUGAAUUGCUAUCAUAAGCAGCAAGAGCAAUAUUAGAACUGUGUUUUUUUUCUCCCAGCUACAAAUACCAAGAUUAAAUACU